ACAAAUCAAAAGAGAUACAGGUAAUAAUAUUACAGUUUAAUAAAAAGAAUUCCUACUUGUCCAAUUUUUAAUUUAGAAUCUUCUUCAUGUAUAUACAUUUUCUGUCAGAGAUCCAAACACAAACUUCAGCAUCUUCUGUCUUAAGUUUUGGUUCAUAAUUAUCACACACACGCACUGAUUUUACGGGCAUUACACGUUUUUAAUCUUCUUGAUCUCUCAAUUACGCGCUGUCUCUCCCGAGAUUCUGCUGCUCUGCACACCCCCUUUACACUCUUUUAUCUUUCUCCUUCAAAUUUGUAUUCUUUUCUUCAGGUUUGGAUGAUCGUUUGCCUCUUUAAGGUUUGCGUGGAGUUCUUAGAAAAAUAUUGUCCAAAACGUUAGUGUCAACAAUUUGUGGCCGAAUAAUGUUUUCUCUUGUUGAGGCUUGAAAAUUUUGUUAGUUCUGUUUUUCCCAAGCACAAUAGUCUUUAUUGAGUUUAAUUGUUCUGGAUCAUCCCUUUCUUGAGUAAAGUUGGGACCUCUUACAAUGAUCGCGAGGAAACCUUUGGGACGUUCCACAAUUUUGUUCAUGGUACUUCUGGUUAUUGGGUCUUUCUUUGGCACAUAUACUUUGAUAACAUUGAUAUUUGAAAAUAGAACACCUAAUUCUUUAAAAGAAGGUGUGUCAGUGAUUGAUCCUGUAAUUGAGAUGCCUCAGACUGUGAAGAAAACAGAACACGGCAAGAUGCUGUUUCACAUUGCCCUCACAGCAACUGAUGCUGCAUAUAGCAAAUGGCAGUGUCGGAUCAUGUACUAUUGGUAUAAGAAGCAGAAAGAUUUGCCAGGAUCAGAUAUGGGAAAAUUCACCAGGAUUUUGCAUUCGGGGAAAUCUGACAACCUGGUAAAUGAGAUUCCUACCUAUGUGGUUGACCCCCUUCCAACAGGUUUAGACCGGGGUUACAUUGUUUUAAAUAGACCAUGGGCGUUUGUGCAGUGGCUGGAACAGGCAACGAUCGAAGAAGAAUAUAUAUUAAUGGCAGAACCUGAUCACAUAUUUUUACGUCCACUGCCUAAUUUGGGAUAUGGUGAACUUCCCGCCGCCUUUCCCUUUUUCUACAUCAAACCCGCGGAAAAUGAGAAAAUCUUGAGGAAAUUUUUUCCUGUGGAGAAAGGUCCUGUAACUAAUAUCGAUCCAAUUGGAAACUCUCCUGUUAUUAUUCGCAAGGAUUUGUUAGAGAAAAUCGCUCCUACAUGGAUGAAUGUUUCUUUGAGAAUGAAGGAUAAUCCAGAAUCAGAUAAAACAUUUGGAUGGGUGCUAGAAAUGUAUGCAUAUGCUGUGGCUUCUGCUUUGCACGGUGUGCAACAUAUUCUUCGGAAAGAUUUUAUGCUACAGCCCCCUUGGGAUCUGGAAACUGGGAAAAGGUUCAUCCUACAUUACACUUACGGUUGUGACUACAAUAUGAAGGGUGAGCUGACAUAUGGGAAAAUUGGAGAGUGGCGAUUUGACAAGAGAUCAUAUCUUCAAGGGCCUCCACCGAAAAACCUGCCUCUGCCUCCUCCUGGAGUUCCUGAAAGUGUGGGGACUCUCGUGAAAAUGGUCAAUGAAGCUACUGCUAACAUUCCUAAUUGGGAGUCAUGAAAGGAUAAAAUACUAAAGGAUCGAAUGGCAAAUCAUUUUUGUGAAAUUACAGCUUUAAUUUCAGUGUAGCUUCAGAAAGAUUAAUGUAAAAAAGAAAUCUCAGGCUAAUAUUUGUGGCUUAUAACAUGAAGAUUAUGAUCA